AUGGCGGCCAAGGUUCACUCGUCCCAAGGUCCCAGGGAGCGACUUCCUCAGAUGAAGCUCGCCGUCCUCACCGCCUCACUCCUCGCAGCCGUCGUGUCCGCCACCUUCCCUGCGGCGUACACCCUCGUGGCCGACGGGGGAUGGACCGUCCGCACGCUCUAA